CUAUCUUUUUAAACACAACAGUUACAUUUGUAGACAAUCUUCUAAAGAUUUGAUCCGAGUGACGAAAAGUUCUAUGAAAAUUUGUAAUAACUUUCAUAACAUUGGAAUUGUGUUUGUUGAUAAUAGAACCUGUUGUAUUUAUAAAAGUAAACAAAUACAAAAUGAAUAUUACUAAAAUGUUAUUAAUAAGGAACUUUAAUAAUUUUACAAAACGAACUAUUUUGAAUCGUGAAAGUGGCCUUCGUAGUACUUUAUAUGCGGCAGAAUGUGUCAGGCAUGCAUCUGCUGUUACACCAUUGAAUACUAUUAUAAUGUUUGUGCCGCAACAAGAGGCAUGGAUCGUAGAAAGAAUGGGAAAAUUUCAUAAAGUAUUAGAACCCGGCUUUAACUUACUUUUUCCAAUAAUAGAUCGAGUUAAAUACGUACAAAGUUUGAAAGAAAUUUGCAUACAGGUACCUAACCAAAGUGCAAUUACAUUCGAUAAUGUAACACUCGAUAUCGAUGGGGUAUUAUAUUUAAAAAUAAAUGAUCCUUAUUUGGCUUCUUAUGGCGUUGAGGAUGCUGAAUUUGCCAUAAUGCAAUUAGCACAAACUACAAUGAGAUCAGAAUUGGGAAAAAUAUCUUUGGAUAAAGUAUUUAGAGAAAGAGAAGGUCUUAAUGUUUCUAUUGUAGAAAGUAUUAAUAAAGCCAGCGAAGCAUGGGGUAUAUUGUGUCUUCGUUAUGAAAUACUUGAUAUAAAGUUACCAAAUAGAGUGCAAGAAGCUAUGCAAAUGCAAGUAGAAGCUGAACGCAAAAAACGAGCUGCUAUCUUGGAAUCCGAAGGUGCAAGAGAAGCUGAAGUAAAUAUAGCAGAAGGCAAACGGCUGGCUAGGAUUUUAAGUUCCGAGGCUGCAAGACAAGAACAAAUAAAUAAAGCAACUGGUGAAGCUACCGCAUUAAUAUCUGUAGCAGAAGCACGUGCAAAGGGUUUACAAUUGGUAGCCAAUUCGCUUUCUCUUAAAGAUGCAAAAAAUGCAGCUGCUUUAACUAUUGCUGAACAGUAUGUAAAUGCAUUUAAUAAAUUAGCAAAAGUUAAUAAUACUAUAAUAUUGCCAAGUAAUGUGGGAGAUGCUACAUCAAUGAUAACACAGGCAUUAUCUAUUUACAAGCAUGUUAUGCCUCAAUCUGAAUUAAAAGAUCAAAAAGAAACAGAUAAUCAAUUCCAAGAAGCUGUUCCAGUUGGUAUUGAUUCCACAGAUGAUACCUAUGAAUAUUUUAGUGAUAAAGAAGAAGCGGAACAGCAUAGAAGAAAUAAAAAAAAACCGAAAGCAUUGUAAUAUAUAAAUCUUGAGAAUAUUAAAAAUAAAUAUUGAAUA